AUGUCUCAAUCUUUACCUUCCUCUUCAGCAUCAAGUCGUAGACCUAUCGGAAUGAUGACUCCAACAACGUCAGCAUACCAUACCAGCAACCACACCUCUCCAACAGCAACGUCCUUACAUGAUACGAGACCAUCCAGUAGCAGUAGUGCAUGUACGAGAUCGUUCAGUGGGCAUAACCCUCAUCAUUCUCAUCAUCAACAUUCAACAAGUACAUCCUUCGCAUCAUUCUUUCAUCAUGAAGGUGAAGAAUAUUUGAAACGAUAUCAGGUGCAUUUCUACUUGAAUGAUGUUCUCUCUCAAUUACUGUUCCUUCGAGAGGAAGAUCCAAUGCAAUAUUUGGCACAAUAUUUCAGAUCUGUAGUGAGUGGAACGAAUAUUAUUCAUAAAUCCUUUUCAUACAUUUUUGCAAAUCCAAGAAAUCGAUUGAGCUUUGCAGAUUAUUUCGAACAAAUUUAUUCAAAAAUUAGUAAUGAACAAAAAAUGAAUUUUUCAGAAUAUUAUCAAUUAACCACAUUAUUAUGUGAAGAUUUUCCUGAGAAUAUAAUGACUAGUAUUUAUAAAAGUGUCAUCAUGUAUCCAACACUCAUGAAACACAAAGAAAUAUUUAAAGAUUUUUCUGAAGAUGUAACGAAACAUCCUACCAUUCUCUCUUUCUAUCAAUCCAUUGAUGAAUCGAUCGAGUUGUGUGAAGAAAAGAAAAUGAUUGAAUUACCUCCAUUUCAAACAUUUAUUGUUGCCAUGAGAGUGUAUUUAUUUUUUUAUGAAUUUUUUGAACAGGUAUUGGAAAAUGUUUUUGAGAAUUCUUAUUCGACUCUGAUUUCAAGUGGAGUUUUGAAAAAGAUGGUACAUCCAAUCCUAACAAUGAAAUCUACACAAUGUGUUCCAUCCAUGCAAGUAUUUGAUAUUCUAGUAGAGAAGAGCAUUCAGUUGAGAAGAAAUUUAGUGAAUUCUUCUUCAAACUUGGGAAUUCCUGCUCCAAAGCUAUCGUUCUGUGAAUUGUGUGAAGCUUUUUAUCAGCAUGUCGUUGAAGUGAGUACAAACACUGCGUCAAGUAUUAGCACACAAACUUCCACUGCUUCUACAACCAUCAAUGCAGAUGUACUAUCCUUGAUGGAUUCUUCACAAUUACCAAUUUCGGUGAGUUGUGCUGAAAGACAAAAAUUGAGGUUGAGAAAGGAAAUUCUCAAAGUUUAUUCGGGUGUGAAAGAGAAUAAUAUUGUUACGUCCAAUAAAUAA